AUAAUCGACAAAUCAAUUUUGAGUUUCUUUAUCAUUUUCUUUAUUUAUUGACAUAUUUGCACUUUCUGCAAAGACUCUGACUCGUGGUAGAUAUAGGGAAGGUUAUAGAAGUUAGUGUAGUGUCAUAUCUAGCUAUUUUUGCUUAUUGGAAAAAGCCUUCCCUUUGUUUACAGAUCUGGAUAAGAUUGUGUGAAGAUGGGGGCUGGUGGCCGAACUGCUGUUCCUCCUGCCAACAGGAAGUCAGAGGCUGACCCUUUGAAGCGGGUACCAUUUGAAAAACCUCAGUUUAGUCUCAGCCAGAUUAAGAAGGCCAUUCCACCUCACUGUUUCCAGCGCUCUGUUCUCCGCUCAUUCUCCUAUGUUGUUUAUGACCUCACCAUAGCCUUCUGCCUCUAUUAUGUUGCCACCCAUUACUUCCACCUCCUUCCCGGUCCUCUCUCUUUCGUGGCAUGGCCAAUCUAUUGGGCUGUCCAGGGUUGCAUCCUUACUGGUGUUUGGGUCAUUGCCCAUGAGUGUGGUCACCAUGCAUUCAGUGACUACCAGCUGCUUGAUGAUAUUGUUGGCCUUAUCCUCCACUCCGCUCUCCUAGUCCCGUACUUUUCAUGGAAAUACAGCCAUCGCCGUCACCACUCCAACACAGGUUCUCUUGAGCGAGAUGAAGUAUUUGUGCCAAAGCAGAAGUCCAGUAUCAUGUGGUACUCUAAAUACCUUAACAAUCCACCAGGCAGAGUCCUCACUCUUGCCGUCACCCUCACGCUUGGUUGGCCCUUGUACUUGGCUUUUAAUGUUUCUGGAAGGCCUUAUGAUAGAUUUGCUUGCCACUAUGACCCUUAUGGUCCCAUUUACUCUGACCGAGAACGACUUCAAAUAUAUAUAUCAGAUGCAGGAGUACUUGCAGUAUGCUAUGGCCUUUUCUGUCUUGCCAUGGCAAAAGGGCUUGCCUGGGUGGUGUGUGUUUAUGGAGUUCCAUUGCUUGUGGUCAAUGGAUUUUUGGUGUUGAUUACAUUUUUGCAGCACACUCACCCUGCAUUGCCACACUACACUUCCUCUGAGUGGGACUGGUUGAGAGGAGCUUUAGCAACAGUGGAUAGAGAUUAUGGAAUCCUGAACAAGGUCUUCCAUAAUAUUACAGACACUCAUGUAGCUCAUCACUUGUUCUCCACAAUGCCACAUUAUCAUGCAAUGGAGGCGACAAAGGCAAUAAAGCCCAUCUUGGGAGAGUAUUAUCGGUUUGAUGGGACUCCAUUUGUCAAGGCAAUGUGGAGAGAGGCAAGAGAGUGUAUUUAUGUGGAGCCAGAUCAAAGUACUCAGAGCAAAGGUGUAUUUUGGUACAACAAUAAGUUGUGAUGAUUAAUGUAGCCGGGGGCUUCUUGUCCGUCAGGUGGGAUGGUUUGAACUUUCCUUUGUGACUGUUUAGUAUCAUGCUUGCUUAUUGGGAAUAAUUUUGUUGAACCCUGAUGUUGGUAGUAGUAUCUAGAAAGUAGCAUAGCGUUUUUGUUUGCAGAAUAAGAUAUAGCAUCUCUGAACAGUUUGAUUAUUGCACCAUGUUUUGCAAUCAGUGCAUGUCGACUAAGUUUCUCAAGAUUGUGGGGAUGCUUAUUCUUGUUCCAGUUCUUGAAUCCAAGUUGUUAUCAUAUUCUGUUAUUGACUCAGAAUCUUUAACCCUUUCUGCUUC